CGUAUUUUCGUAGCUAAAUUUUCACUCCUCCGUCCCUGUCCCUGUCCCUGUCCCUGGCUGCUGACUUGCCCAGUGAAUAUUCAUAUCUCCCGGAACGCUCUCGAUCGCGACGCUUGGCCAGGUUUGCGCCUUCGACGCUCGUCACUUUUACAGGCCUUCUUUUUUGCUGCUCGUCUCGCGAUUGAUCAGUCUGUCAAUCUUCUUUUUUUUCUAUUUCGAGUUUGGAAAUGAGUGCGUGUAGUUUGCUGGUUGGGUGAAAAAGGAAAAUAGCUUUUCAGUUAUGAAGAUAUGAUGUUUAUGUAUCCGUUCUUGGGAAUCUUGAAUAAAUUUUAUGUCUCCUCUGAGAUCAUUUACCAAAAGUUCAUAACUUUGAGUCUUGAAUCUAUGUGCUCUUAGGAUUCGAGGAAUUGAGCGUCCAUGCCUUGAGGCGUUUUGUUAGUUUAGUUUCAAUUGGUUAUGUUUUUGGUGACUUCUGCCUUUUAUUUUUUAAAAUAGUUUUUUUUGCUGUUGUUUUAGUGUACAUAUCCUGGACAAAAUCUCCAAAAGACUGAGUUUUUGUUGUCUAGAGUUUUUCAUCAGCGGGCUUCCUCCUAUGUCAUUAUGUGUUCAUGGGUUUGUGCCUGAAUUUUUGAGUGCCUCGACAAUAACGCUGCCCUUUAAAUGUCCAUGAAUGAACUUUUAAAUGUCUUUCUCCAUCCACACAUCCUUGAUUCAGUUCAUUGUGCUGCCAUAUUCAAUAUUCCACAUUUCAAAAUGUCCAGUGUAGACUGUUUAUACAUUUUGAUUUGAUAUGAAUGAAGUUGGAUAAUUUUUCUGUUUUUAUGUUUAAUUUUAUAAGGUGUUGACUCUUAUGUGUUCAGGUGUUGAUCAGAAAGGGAAACGAUGGGAAGUAAUGGAGCUGAGUACAUAAAAGUUUCUGGGAUCAAUGAGGCUGAAUGUCCGGAGGCCACUGUUGAGAUUAAGAUAAAGACAUUGGAUUCACAAACAUACACCAUGCGUGUAGACAAAUGUGUUCCUGUUCCUGCACUAAAGGAUCAAAUUGCAACAGUCACUGGUGUCUUGUCAGAACAGCAACGACUUAUAUGUCGUGGAAAAGUUUUGAAAGAUGAUCAACUUCUUUCAGCUUAUCACGUGGAAGACGGGCACACUCUGCAUCUGGUUGUGAGGCAACAUCCACCAGAAAGCAACCCUGACACUCAAGGAGCCUCUGAUGCAUCAAGUCCAGGCAAUACUUAUAGCAGUCCGUUUGGCCCUGGUCUAUUUGUGGGAACUUUAAAUUUAUCUGAACCCUCCGAUGGGGUGACGUCUGAUAUGAGCCGGAUUUUCUCAGCUCUACUUGGUUCCAUUGGAAUUGCGAAUAUUGGGAGUGGAAGUGAGGGGAUUGAUCUCAAUGGUCUUGGUAAUUUAAGAAAUUCUGCUAGACAGCAGAGUGAACAAGGUGGUUCAAGGGAUCAAUCUAAUUCAAGUUUUGAUGCUUAUGCUCGACCAGUAAAUGUUCCACUGGAUUCCAUGCAACUGCCGGUUGUUCCCGACUCCUUGGCAACUUUGUCACAGUACUUGACUCAUCUGAGGGAAGAUUUUGAUGCAAGUGUUGGAGGACCAGGUGGAAUUUCUCUGGCUUCUGGAACACGUGGAAGCAAUAGACAAGGUUCAAAUGUUUCCUCAUAUUCACCUGAGCAGGGAGGCCUUCCAACACCAGAGCUGUUGGCAGAUGUGAUGCUUUCUACUAGACAAUUAGUUGUUGAGCAAGCUGCAGAGUGCUUAUUGCAACUGUCAAGGCAACUAGAGGAUCAGGCAAACGUAACAGAUACAACAGAUAGAAUGAGGAUUCAAUCUCUUGCUUUGAGAUCAGGAGCGUUUUUUCAAAAUUUAGGCGCUUUAUUACUUGAGCUCGGUCGGACAACAAUGACAUUACGGAUCGGUCAGACACCGGAUAAUGCUGUGGUGAAUGCCGGGCCUGCUGUUUUUGUAUCUGCAACUGGACCCAAUCCAAUAAUGGUUCAGCCACAACCCUUUCAAGCAGGGACAGGAAUUGGUUCAUUACCACUUGGAUCUGGAAUUUCUGGCGGCCCCACAGGAUCUAGCUUCAUCCCUAGAAAUAUUGAUAUCAGAAUACGAACAGGUGCAUAUAUGCCAUCCACUGUUAGCCGUAGAGAUUCAACUGUUACGGAGAAUCUGGGGCAAGCUGCUCCUGGCGCUCCCAAUGGUGAAGAUUUGAAUCAUCGAGGCACUGAAGGUAAUAGUAGUUCUAUCACAAGGGGUGUGGAGGUUAGGGUACUUCCUAUUAGGACUUUGGUUGCUGCAAUUCCAGCUUCUGUUGGACGUGCACCUUCUGAUGCACCUCGAAGUUAUAUGGAUUUCAUCAACUCAGUUUUAGGAAGAGGUCAGCAAUUCAGUUUUGGAAAUGAUAAUAGUUCAGAUGCUUCCCAAGGAUCUGAGCCAAAUUUUCCACCCGGUGUUGAGAUUGGGCAACCGCCAAACACAGAGGCUGCAGGACAGCGAAACAUUAGACUGUUUGGAGUGAAUGUCAAUCGUAGCUCAACUGGUGAAAUGUCAAGUAGAGUUGAAAACUUUUUGAGAGCAUUAUUCCCUGGUGAGCAGAUUCAGAUUGAUGAGAGUGCCAGUGUUCAUGGCAUGAAUACAAAUCCUGCUACUGGUGAGAAUGGAGCAACUCAAAAUACAGCUGCUUCUCAAGAAACUGGAUCAAUAGUAGAAGACGAAGGAAUUUUUUUGUCAAAUAUACUGCGUCACAUCAUGCCAAUGAUAUCCGAAAGCAUUGAAACGGCACCCAAUGCCUCACCCAGCGAACAAGCAGAUGAUGAUGAUGAUGAGGAUGGAAGUUCACAAGCUUCAGCACAGGCUCAAGAGAAUAUUGAUCAGGCAUCCUCCUCUCGACGUCCACGUGACCCUCGAUCACAACCUGGAUCAAAACGUCAAAAGCGGGUGUGAUUAAAAUUUGCCGGGUGGGCUGAAUGCACGGACGAUGUUUGGAUUUGUAUCGUUCUAUGGAGACACUUGCUACCAGCUAAGGUUAUUUCUUGGACUCCUCCGUCUUGGCAAAUCCGAGGAACGUUUUUCUUUGGUUUGAAGCUUAUAUGAUGAUAUGAUGCUUACGAUAAUUAUCGAAAUGUCAUUUUGAUUUGUUCUCCCCUGGCUAGAUCUCUUUGCUUCGAAAUACGGAAAUUUUCAAGAUUUGGUAUGUUCUAAAUGUUUUUUUAUCUUGUUUUUAAGAAUCUGAAAUGUAAUUGAUCUCUCUGUUGUUUAUAUGCGUUGAUCGGAUAUGUAUUUUUUUUUAUUAAAAAAAUAAGGUAAGAAUGCUUUUUGUUUCUAGUAUCAACAUUUGGUUUGAUCACGUUUCAAGAAAAAACAUUCUGUUUG